CAGGUGAAGAGCAUCGUCAUGGGCGUCCAGAAGCAGGUGUCCGUGGUUGAGCAGGGCCUGCACGAGAAAGUCGGCCCAGACCGCCUGCAGGCGCUGAAGAGCGCCCUCACGGAGUGCCAGGCCCAGAUCACUGGCCUCGACCAGUCCCUGCAGGAGAAAGCCCCACUGGCCGAGUUCCAGCAGCUGCGUUCCCUGUCUGCAGGACACGAGACCAAGCUCGCCGCCGUCGAGCAGGCAGUGCAGGAGAGAUCGGAGGCUGUCCAGAAGAUCUUCCAGCUCGACGAGGCCCUCCAAGUGCAGCAGGCCAAGGUCGCCAGCAUCGAGCGCGGCGUCUGGGAGGGCAUGGACUGCGUGCAGGCCAUGGACGGGGUGAUCACGGGGAUGAAGACUCAGGCCAGCAACCUGGAGCGGGCCCUGCAGGACAAGAUCGGCAAGACCGAGCUCCAGCAGGUCAGCGACGUCUGCGCUGCCAUCAAGGCCAAGGUCG